ACAAUCUGGCAUGGUGGCCGCAUGGGCUUUUACACUCCUCACCCUAUCUCUUCUCUUUCUCGAGAUAUUAUUAGUUUUUACACAUGGGAUUACUCUCCCAUGGGUCAAUCACAACAUGUGUUUUAUAAAAAAAAUGCAUAUUGACGUUCCGUUGCACGGGCAUCUUGCUAGUCAACAGGUGAAGCCGCAGCAGGCGGUAAGAACAGCACUCCCAGUCAUGUGCUCCGCACGAAUCUCGGAGCAAGCAGAGCCGCCGAUCCGCGACGCACGGGCCACGGCGCCGAUAAAUGGCAGGGGAGGGGAGGGAAAGCAACCGGGUAGCGCCUGUCCGCCCGGUUCCAAAGCCAAGAACAGAACAGAGCGCUCCCUCCUCAAACCCACCACCACCACCGGGACAGAGAGAGAGGCCACGAGGAGGAGAUAAAGGGGAAAUCAUGGAGGCGAUUUGCUGUGAAGAUUCGGGUGCGUGAUCUGGUCGGAUCCUGCUUUCCCGGGAAGAGGCCGUGGCGGUGGUGCCGGUGAUGUGGUCUGUGGUGGGUGCUGCCAUGGUGUGGUGUGAGUGAAUGAUGUCCUCCGCCCCCGCCUAUAUCCUCCCCGUAGCCCCCCCUCCCUGCCCCGAGAUGCCGCAUCUGCCCUCUCCCCUCCACCUCUCCAAUCCAAGCCUCCCUCCGGCGGCGGCGACGGCGGAGAGACCGGCGAGAUCCUACUCUGUCUCUGUCUGAGCGCGAGGAGAGGCAGAAAGAUUGGGAGGGCCUCCGUGCGGAUAGGCUCGGUUCCUCUGGUUCUUGCUCCGCCUACGAGCCAUGACGGUGGUCGACGCCGAGGCCCGGUUCCACGUCCUGGCGGUGGACGACAGCGUCAUCGACCGGAAGCUCAUCGAGAUGCUGCUCAGGACCUCCUCCUACCAAGUCACCAUGGUGGACUCCGGGAGCAAGGCGCUGGAGGUCCUGGGACUGAGAGACGAGGGCGACGACGACUCCUCAUCCCCUUCCUCCUCCGCCCCUGACCACCAUCAGGAGGUGGGCGUGAAUUUGAUCAUCACAGACUACUGCAUGCCUGGCAUGACAGGAUACGAUCUGCUGAGGAGGGUCAAGGGGUCAUCUUCAUUGAAGGACAUUCCAGUGGUGAUCAUGUCGUCUGAGAAUGUGCCUGCCAGGAUCAGCAGGUGCUUGGAGGACGGCGCGGAGGAGUUCUUCCUCAAGCCCGUGAAGCUGGCUGACAUGAAGAAGCUCAAGUCUCACCUGGUCCGGCGGAAGCAGCCCCAGCUCCAGCCGCAGCCACAAGAGAAGCCACAAGCAAAGCCACAGCAGCAGCAGCAAAAACCACAGCCAGAGCAGCAGCAGAAAGCAGAGCAAGCGCCAACCGAGCCGCCGGUGGAGGAAGUGAGCAGCACCGGAAUGACGAGUGACUGCGGCGUCGGCAGCAGGAAGCGGAAGGUGGCGAUGAUGGAGCAGGACGGGACGAGCGCGAGCCUCUCCAGCGGCGGCAGCGGCCUGGCGGUGGAGACCUGAAUCCUCGUGAAGAAACUGAACACAAGCCCCCAACACCAGAGGUCGUCCGUCUGCAAAUUUUUGGGAUUUACUCGCUCGUAUGGAAGAAUCAUCAUCGUCAUGGCUAAUAGUAGCUCCUGGGGGGAAGGGUGCGCAGGCGGGUAAAAUAUUUACGUAGUUCUAAGUGAAGAACUAGGAAAACCAUACUACUUUUACACUAGCUGAAUUUUGGUGCGCUCAGGGAGGAAGGAGCAGGGGAGGGAAGUAAGUGAAACCAAGUUGUAGAUAAUGCCGCCGGCCGCCGCGGCGCCCGCCCCGGACGACGACGACGAUGAUGAUUCUAAGACUAAUUUCAUGGCUUAUUUAUUCUGACCACCGUUUCUGUACUUGUGCUACCGCUGAAACUCUGUGAUGGACCGAGGAAGAACUCAUCGAAAUUUUAGUCAGA